AUGUCUGGCAUUAAUAUUGAAAAAAUUAAUGAAGAUUGUAUUCGUUUUUCAUUUACUAAUGGUUCAUUGGAGGUAAUCAUUCGAUGUGGUGACUUAAGUGAAGAAGCAUGUGAUGCUAUUGUUAAUUCUACAAAUACACUUUUGAUUCCCGAUGGAGGAUUGGAUGCUCGUAUACAUCAAAAGAUGGGUCAAUUUUUUACAGAUCAAGUCGUUGCUAUUCAUAAAGAUAUGCAAGCAAAUUCAUGUCCUGUUGGACAAUCACGUAUUUUUAUUGGAAAAUUUAAUCGUGAACAAAACGAUGCACGUUUUGUUAUAAGUACUGUAGGUCCAAUUUAUACAGAAACAGAGAAAGAACGUGCUGGCUUUUUAUUACAAUCAUGCUAUUAUACAUCAUUGGCACUUGCUAAUAUUUAUCAACUUACUUCGAUUGCAUACCCAGCAAUAUCAUGUGGAGCAAAUCAUUUUCCUCUAGAUGAAGCAGCUCGUGUGGCUAUUGAUUCAAUAAGACGAUUUUCAUAUAAUGUAAAAGAUGUUCGAUUUGUUUUAUAUGAACGUUCUACAUAUGAUGUUUUCGUUCAAGAAUGGACUGAUUAUGCACAACAAAUAAAUCAAGGCGCAAAUAAGACUGAUGAAACUAGCGAAGAUAAAAGUGAAGAACCGAAAAAAUCUAAAAUACCACCACCCGUACCACCAAAACCAUCAGCUCGUACUUGUGUUCUUUGUAAACAACAAAAAUUACCUGCUGAUCGAGAAAAUUUAUGUCUUGAUUGUUCACAAUUGGCACGUCCACAUGUAUUUAAACUUUUUUUAUCAAAUUUACGUGUAGCUAGUGAAAAAUCAUAUGCUGAACUUGUACAAGAAUGUCAAUUAUUAAAACCAGUUUUAAAAUUAUAUUCACUGAUUUAUACUCCAGCUAAGGUAUUUGAUCCAGCUAUUCAUGUACGUGAUCCUGUUGCUGAACAUUAUAUACAUCAAUAUUGUGAUAAAAAUUUUCGUAAUUCUAUACCAUUAUCAAUUGCCGGUGAUGGAAAUUGUUUUUAUAAUACAUUUGUUAAAUUAGGAGGAAUAGGUUCAACUACUGAUGGAUCUAUUUUAACAUCAAUUGAACUUCGAGCAAGAAAUGUUGUUGAGCUUGUUCUUAACAUAGAUGUAUAUAGGUCUCAGUAUGAUAGUAUAUCACCUAUUCUUGAUGAAUUUGAAAAUUAUGUUAGCAAAGAAAUGGUACGUGAUACAAAUUAUGCAGCUGUUUGGGAUCUACUCAGUAUACCAACUGUAUUGAAUAUUCAUUUAAUUUGUGCUUAUCCGAAAGUCAAUGGUUUAGAAGAUUUAAAUUAUCAAUAUCUCAAUAAUGCUCAAUUUGUGCCAUUGAGAGAAGAUCACGCUGAUAAUAAUCAAGAGAAGAAAUCAGAAAAAUCAUUGAUAGUAAAAGAAAUUAAACUACUUUUUUCUCAUUGUAGUAGACCCAGUGUUGGAUACUCAAAAGAAAAAAAAGAAUGGCUACCUAAUCAUUUUGUACCUCUUCUUAACAUGCAUUAA